UAAACACGAUCAAUGCACAGAAGCCGCAGUGUGUCUCUGUCAGGAAAGGAAGUGGCUCUCUGAAGUGACUCUCGACCGCACAGUGUUUCGGAAAGAUAGUGACUGGGCAGUCCUACUUUAAGACUUACACCCCAGACUAAAUAAAAACGUUUAAAACCAGCGCUCUCUCAUAUCAGUAGGACGUAAAAACUGAACCGGCGGCAUUUCAGACAAUAACAGGUAACUGACGUCUUAACUGUACAUGAUAAUAAAUUAUCUUUUGUCCUCGGUAAGAUGAACGGACUUGCACCAUCUGGAAGAAUGAGAUUCGUUGCAGUUGCUGUCAUACUUUGUGCUGGAUUUUUCUGGCCAACAGCCUUUGCCCAUCCUCGGGGAGAAUGGACAAAACUCAUCCUGACCCAGCAUUGGCCACAGACAUUUUGCAGUGUGGAAAAAUGUACAACAAAUUUAAGCUUUUGGACUCUGCAUGGAUUAUGGCCCAACUCUGGCAUGAGGUGCAAUACAUCCUGGCACUUUAAUGCCAGUUUGAUUGAGGACUUAAUACCAGAGAUGAAAAAAUAUUGGCCAGAUCUGAGAGCACCUUCCUCCCCCCAAUUUUGGAAAUAUGAAUGGACAAAACAUGGAACCUGUGCUGCAAAAGCAGAGUCUCUGAACAGUCAACAUAAAUACUUCAGCAAAGCUCUUGAGCUGUACCACAAGUUUAACCUUACUAAUGUUUUAAAGAACAAGAGAAUCGUGCCCUCUGAGCAGCACUACACACUGGAUGAGGUGGAGACAGCCAUUACUAGCUUCUACAAUGUGAAGACAAAGAUUCAGUGCGUCCAUCCAGGAAAGGGAGGCCAGUUUCAGAUUUUGGGCCAAAUAGAGAUCUGCGUUGACAGGGAUUUCCAGCUGAUCGACUGCGAAAAGUCAACCGAAGAAAUCUGGAGCAAUGACAUCCCUGCAGUGGCUGUCAGUGGCCAGUCAGAGCUCAGCGUGUGUGAUCACUCCAUGCCGGUCUAUUACCCCCCAGUGCCCAGCAGAUCAUAGAGGUGGGCAACCCCAGACCUUGUGUGCGAGUGUGGAAUCACUGAGCAUAACAAGACGAGAAUUCAUUCUGUCGAGUUUUUGAAACGCUGAAAAUCUUUCCUGUUUACACUAUAAUUUUAAAUAAUUGCACAUUAAAUUCCUUUGUUGUUUUAAAUGAUGAUGCUGGAACAAUCUAGUGAAGAUUUAAGGGUGUCACAGACUGCUGUAUUCUAUGGUUACUGGGUUCAUUUUUUAUUAAUCUUGUAGGUUUUACGGUCUUAUCUUACUGAGCCAUACUGCUGUAUUUGUUUCCUUUAUUUUUCGUUCUUGGGUGAAUUUCACAAAAACAUGUCCAGAUCAAAUUUACCACAAAAUUUCAAGGAAAGAAAAAAAAUCUUAAUGAAACAUGUUAUACAUUAGGAAAGGUUUUUAGCAUUAUAACACAAUUUUCAUGACAGUUAAACAAAUAUCCCACCUGACCACUGUGCAUCUAGACAUUUAACUUUUCUCCAAUUCACAUUAUUCUAAAUGAUUAUCAUUUAGUAGUACAGUAAUUGUAUUACAGUAAAACCAUACAAGUACGAUGUAUAAAUGUUCGACAAAAUAGAUAAUAUAC